UUUUCAUCAUGACAUAUAACAUCACAUCAACCAUCGACAAUGAUUCUUAUCAUAAAAAAUGUGUGCUUUAUGUUAUAUAUAGUCCAAUAUAUAUAUAUGAUUCAUGCUGUAUAACAUCAGUUGAAUAAUCAGGUAGAUGAGAAACAAAACGCAAAAAAUGUAAUAUACAUAUUUGCGUAUAAAUAUAUGCUUCAAUAGUUGUAUUAAAAUAAGUAUAAAAAAUGGUUAUGUUAAAAAUUACAUAGAACAAAUGAUUAUAUACAAUAUCAAUAUUCGUUGUUAAAAGUAUUUAGAAAACUCAUACGAAUGACUUCUAUUCAGUCAUCAUCAUCUUCUUCUUCUUCUUCUCUUGUACAGUCACAAGCAAAUACAAAUAUUCAAUUUUCUAUUUGGCAUACAUUUAAACGUCAUAUUCCACGUGUAUUCACAACAAUUCUUGUUGAUGUUAUUCUUCCACUUAUUAUUUAUUUUGUUUUUCAAAAAUAUAUUAAACCUGUUUAUGCAUUAUUAGCUGCUGGUACUCCACCAUUUUUAAUGGUUAUUUUUAAAGCUAUUUCAUCUCGAACAUUUGAUGCACUUGGUUUUCUUGUAUUUAUUGGUUUUAUUAUUUCAGGUGUUGUUGCUAUUAUAACACAUAAUCCAAUUGUACUUCUAUUAGAAAAAUCACUUGUUACUGGUAUUGUUUCAAUUAUAUUUGCUAUAACAUUAAUUCCAUUUCAUUGUUGUCAUCAUUAUUGUCGUUUACGUCCACUUGCUUAUUAUUUUUAUCAAGAUUUAAUUCCAACAAAUCGAGAACAAAUUGGAUUACCGGAAAAUAUAUUUUCUAAUAAUCAAGAAACAAUUCAUGAACAAUAUUCUGAACAUGAAAAUGAAGUUCUUAUACAUAAAUCAUCAAAUAAAGAAAUAGCUCAAGUAUAUGAAUGGAUAUAUAAUAAUUGUUCAUCAUUUCGUAUUUCAUGUUAUAUAAUAACAAGUACAUGGUCUAUAGGAUUACUUUCAGAAUUUCUUGCUCGAUUAAUUCUUAUAUUAGUUCAUUUAUCAAUUAAUAAAAUUGUUAUUUAUGGAAAUGUAAUACUUAGUUCAGUAACAAUAAUAUGUAUUUUAAUAACAAUUAUUUGUGUAACAAAAGAACGAAAACAAACAUUAAUAUUAAUUGAACAAUGGAAACAAGAACAUUUAAUUAUACAAUAA